AUGGGUAAGGAAAAGGUUCAUAUUAACAUUGUGUUCAUUGGCCAUGUCGACUCUGGGAAGUCAACUACCACCGGUCACUUGAUCUACAAGCUUGGAGGUAUUGACAAGCGUGUGAUUGAGAAGUUUGAGAAAGAAGCUGCUGAGAUGAACAAGCGUUCAUUCAAGUAUGCUUGGGUGCUUGACAAGCUCAAGGCUGAAAGAGAAAGAGGUAUUACUAUUGACAUUGCCCUGUGGAAGUUUGAGACUACUAAGUACUACUGCACUGUCAUUGAUGCACCGGGCCACAGGGAUUUCAUUAAGAAUGUGAUUAUUGGAACAUCUCAAGCUGAUUGUGCUGUUCUCAUCAUUGAUUCCACCACUGGUGGUUUUGAGGCUGGUAUUUCCAAGGACGGUCAGACCCGUGAACAUGCUCUCCUUGUUUUCACUCUUGGUGUCAGGCAAAUGAUUUGUUGCUGCAACGCGAUACCAUAA